AUGCCUUCGACGCUCACGCUUUCGCGGGAUGUCACACUUCAGUGGCCCGAUAGACGCCUUUCGUACGGCAGCGCCGCUACCAAGACGACGCCUCACCAAGUCGAAUCGCCGGACUUUCCCCUCCGCUUCCAGUUCACCUAUGACCGCGAAGUUUACCGCUACGCCCUGCGAUGGUGGGACUCGGUGCCAAUGCGAAUCUCCGGCGGACGAAUCCUGGUACGCGCAGGCAACAAAGGAAUCAUGGACUUCACCCUCCUCGCCAGUACCUUCCCUUCUACUCCUCAAGGCGCUUUCUACAGCUCAAAAGACAAGGAUGGAUCGCCUUCGAAGGUGCACAUCGAGAUCUCUCUCAGUCUCGCCCCGCCAGCGGGUCCAACGCUCGAGCCAAUGCUCCAUGAGGAGCGACAGCUUAACGCGGUUUCGAGCGCAAUGUAUAUGAGCCGCCAAGUCCCUCACGAUGUCGCUCUCGUCUUCCCACGCACUCAAAAGGUUCUUUGGGCGAGUGAGCAGUCUCUUUCGGCCGCUUCGCCUUACUUCAAGACGCUCUUUUCUUCCGACUUUGCCGAGAACUCGACGACAGACUCCUUCGAGACCUUGAAGAGCGUUCUCACCAGCGCGAAAAGCGACGAGACCUCUUCCAGCGAGGAUUCCGACGACGAGACGGACGCGAGCCUGCCUCCUGCCCGCUUUGAAGCGCUGCCCAACGUCCCCUUCAAGCUAGUCAAGAUCACUGACACGAGCUACACGACCUACGCCAACGUCCUCGUCUGGCUCAGGUCGCGCUACAUCGCCUUCGCGCCACUCUCGUCGUCGUUCAAGGGAGCGCCUGCGUCCACCCGCCUUACCCCCCUCAAAGCCCUGCAAAGCGAUCCUGCCCUCCCGCUCCCUUCCUCACCCAAAUCCGUCUAUCGCCUCGCGCACCUCCUCUCGCUCACUUCGCUCUCCUCCCUCGCACUCGACAACCUCCGCACGCAACUCACCCCCUCGAAGGCAGCCUACGAGCUCUACUCCUCCACCGUCACGACCUACCCAGCCGUGCGAGACGUCGUGCUUGACUACGUAGUCGAGCAUUGGGCCGAGGUGGUCGAGUCGAGUUCGUUGAGGGAGAUGGAGGAGAGGGCGGGGAGGGAGGAGCUGCCGGUUGGGGCGGCGCAGACGGGGAUUGUGCUGGCGAGGAGACUGACGCAGAAGGGGAAGAAGUAG